AUGAUUUCGAAGCAAAGCCUUGAGAAAACACCCAACAAACAGCUUGAUAAUAGUUUUGUUACCAGGCAAAAUGAAGUUCUGAACGAUCUAGACAUUUAUCCCUUUUUAAUAAUUCAUACUGAAAAAUCCCGUAAACUUGGCUUGCAUUAUGAAGCUCUGAACAAUCUAAAUCGAUUGUUAGACAUUUAUUCGAAUAAUAGGGUUGUGUUAGGAUUUCAAAGAGAAGUAUUGAUUGAUAUUUCGACUAAAUUAUUGAAAAUGAAUCCAAAUAACGAAGAAAUAUUGCGUUUUCGAGCUAAAGCAUAUACUGCGAUUG